UUUCUCUUUUAUAGCUCGGCGACGAACGAUUACAUACGCGCGGUUAAAGACUUGGCAUGUGAGAUCAUUGAUCUGACGGUCGAGAAAUUAUGGGGACAGAGGUCUAGUGAAGUGAGCGAGCUAAUCAGAGACGUUCGUAGCGAUUCGAUCUUGCGGGUAAAUCACUAUCCACCUGCACCGUACGCGUUGAGAGGCGUUAGCCAAAUAGGUUUCGGAGAGCAUUCUGACCCUCAGAUCUUGACGGUGUUACGAUCCAACGACGUAGAUGGACUUGAGAUUUGCUCACGUGACGGCUUGUGGAUCCCAAUCCAAUCUGACCCUACAUGCUUCUUUGUAUUGGUCGGUGACUGCCUUCAGGCAUUGACGAAUGGGAGAUUCACUAGCGUGAGGCACAGGGUAUUAGCAAACACAGCAAAGAAGCCUCGUAUGUCGGCGAUGUACUUUGCAGCCCCACCGUUAGAGGCAAAAAUAUCACCGUUGCCAAAAAUGGUGUCGUCAGAAAAUCCACGGCGGUAUAAUUCGUUCACAUGGGGUGACUACAAGAAAGCAACAUACUCUCUCCGUUUAGGUGUUCCUCGUCUAGAGUUUUUCAAGACUUCAUAAAUUACAUAAUACACCAGUAAUUAAAAUGUUAGAUUUUUUUGGUUCUUUAAAAAAGAAAAAAAAAUUGUUGCUUUGUUAUACAAAAAAUAUUCUGUCCAUGUCAAAUGUAUACUUUUAGAUGAAAAGAUAGGGAAAAAAAUAUUGAGUUUU